AUGAAAGACAAAGAUGACAACAGGUUAGUUGCAGUGAAAAUCAUGCCGAACAGGUGGGUUGGCACUAGCCACACGAACUUCGUCAUCGACCACCCAUCGGAGACGGAGCUACCGUGGCAGGACCUUGGAUGUGUAAGAUUCUUGAACGACGUGGGAUUCCCUUACGCCUGCGAAUUGCUGGGUGUCUACCGGGACGUGGAGCACACAUAUGUUGUAACAACCUUUGCGACAGAAGGGGACCUGUUCUCCUGGUGCGAGGGUGGCGUAGCGCCAGGACACGAAAGGGAGAUAGUAGUUCAGCCCAUCGCUCGCCAGCUGAUGGAGGGCAUCCAACAGCUGCACGACUUUGGCAUCGUGCACCGCGAUCUCUCCUUGGAAAAUGUGCUGAUGACAAAGACAGAUAGUGAUGUACACAUCAUAAAGAUCAUCGACUUUAGCAUGGCCUCCACAGCGAGGUCCUUCAGGAACUGUAUAAGAGGGAAGGCAUCGUACCAGGCGCCGGAGCUUCACACGGACCAGGAGUACGAUGCAUACCUCACUGAUGCCUUUUCCGUAGGCGUAACGCUUUAUGCUGUGCUGUUGAAGGACUACCCCUGGUUGUCCACUCGACCUGGUGGCUGCAAGUGCUUCGAGUACGUCAAGAAGCAUGGUUUUCGCGCGUGCCCUCGCCGCAAUAUGCGUCUCGGGGUUUAG